AAGUAGUUGUCAGUCGGACGUAGUCGUGUAGGGGUGGAUUGUGGCUCGGUCGUCAAAUAUGAAUUGUUUUCAAUUAUAAGUGAAAAGUGUUAAUUCUACAGUUUCACGAUACCCAGAAACCUUGCAAAGGUCCAUUAAAAUUGUUUCAAUUCUUGUUUUCGAUCCGCAGUGCAUUAAGUGAGGUGUAUGAGUGCUUUGGAUUUUGUUUUGGUGCUCCCUACUGUUGGAUUCAUCAAUAACUAAGAUGAAGUGAGCAUGGAGGAAGGAGUAGAGGCUGCGGUAGGCCCCGACGACGGCUAUCUGCUGGUACGCAUUCAUGUGCCUGAGCUCAAUGUUCACAAGUGCCUUCAGUUCCCCAAGGACCAGUUGGUCUGGGAUGUCAAACAACAAUGCCUUGCUGCCUUACCUAAGGUGGCUUCCUGGUAUAGGGAGCUGAAGGAGAGUUUCAACUAUGGGCUGUUCUGCCCUCCAGUCAACGGAAAAGCCGGCAAAUUCCUGGACGAAGAGCGACGGUUGGGAGACUAUCCUUUCAACGGCCCUGUGGGCUACCUCGAGCUGAAGGCAAAGCGGCGUGUGUACAAGAUGGUGAACCUGGACGAGAAGCAGCUGAAAGCCUUGCAUACACGCACCAACUUGCGCCGGUUCCUGGACUAUGUCACGAAUGCCCAGGUGGAGAAGAUCAACAAGAUGUGCUCCAAGGGGCUUGACCCUAACUUUCACUGUCCGGACACUGGAGAGACCCCGCUGACACUGGCAACAGGCGUGCGCAAACCGACCAAUGUGCUGAAGGCCCUGGUGAAUGGCGGAGCACUGCUCGACUACCGCACACGUGAUGGUUCUACAGCUGUGCAUCGCGCGGUGGAGCACAACAGCCUGGAGGCGGUCGGAACUCUGCUGGAACUCGGGGCCAGUCCCAACUACCGGGACUGCAAGGGAUUGACCCCGCUGUACCUGGCUGUAACACAUGGGGCGGAGCCACUGCUGUGUGAAGCUCUCCUGCAUAACCGAGCUGUCAUCGGAGCUCAGGACCUGCAGGGUUGGCAGGAGGUGCAUCAGGCAUGCCGGAACGGUUUAGUCCAGCACCUCGAGCACCUGCUGUAUUACGGAGCGGACAUGAAUGCCCGCAAUGCUUCAGGUAACACACCACUACAUGUGUGUGCUGUCAACGGCCAAGAGUCAUGUGCUCGUGUGCUGCUGUUCCGGGGCUGCCAACACGACGCGCUCAACUACGCCAACCAGACACCAUACCAGGUGGCAGUCAUUGCUGGAAACCUCGACCUUGCUGACGUCAUACAGGCACAUCGGCCCGAGAAUGUCGUCCCCUUCCGAGAGCUCCCUCGCUACAAUCCGAGGCGGCGAAGUAUGUUGCCGUACGUCCCCGCCGCCCCCAUGCCCCCUCCAUCCCCUUCCCCCUCCGCCCGGUCGUUUCCUCCCUUCAGCUCUGCAUCGUCCAGUCUCAGCGAGACUUCGUCGGGCUCCACUAAGACUACAACAACGGAAGACACGGCCAGCUAUGUCACAGACAAGAGCUUGUGUGACACGAGUGACAUCAUCAGUGACAGCUCGGGAGUGGGGACAGCCAACAGCGACUCCAUCACCUUGCCUGGGACCAGCGUCGUCUGCGUGGAGAACUACAGCAGCAGCCAGCCCGGCCACUUGCGGCUCUGUCAGGGCGACAUCCUUGAGGGUUUUUCAACUUUAACAAAGAAGUGGAAGUUUGAAGUGUUAUUGACGGGGGCUACAGACUGCGGACUGCUGGAAGGCUCACACCGGGGUGGCGGUGAAGCAGGAUUGUUCCCAGCCCACUGUGUUCAGGAAGUGAGGUUACGGCAGGGUCUUGUGCCUCCGCCACCUCUCCCAGUCCACAGACGAGUGGUAGGCCGCAGGGAGUCCAACGCGACCACACUGAAACACUUUGCCACCGCCCCCAGGCACAAAAAACAGUUACCAGCUGAGCCACGCACCGUAGUGUUACAUCGUGCACGUCGUGGGUUUGGCUUUGUAUUGCGCGGCGCCAAGGCCACGUCUCCUCUGAUGGAGCUUCAGCCAUCAGCCCGCUGCCCCGCCCUGCAGUACCUGGAUGAUGUGGACAAGGGAGGGGUGGCGGACAUGGCUGGUCUACGCAAGGGAGAUUACCUCGUAGCGAUAAACGGAGAAGACGUGAGUGCUGCUAGCCACGAGCAUGUGGUGGAUGUUAUUCGUAAGUCUGGGGACCUAGUCUCUCUAACGGUGGUGUCUCUGGGAGCCCUACCUAGCAGCAAGAGUGCGGCGGCAGGUCUCACCGCACCCGAGACUCAACCCACCCCUCGCCAAUACGCCACCUUGCCGCGCAAACUGAACACCAACUUUCCCACUCUGGGUCGGUCACCAGCACCUCUACCACCCCGGCGGGACCCCAAGACCACCCUGAGUGUUGGUCGAGCUCGGGCCAAGUCAAUGGUAGCAGAGGAGGAGGGGGCAGGUUCGGGUGACAGCAUGGACCAUGGUAAGGUGCAGCCUCGCACCGCCUCUAUCCGAGCCAGGCCAACCUCCAGCCGCAUUACCGCAGCUGAGCUGGAAUCUCUCUUCCAGCGACAGACUCCUUACAUGAUGACUACCUCGAACUUCCAGUGUAGCCAAGGUAACUCGCAACCAUCCUCCCCAGCUCGCACACCACGUGUCUACGCAAGUGUGGCUGAAAUGAAACGUAGUAAGGGCAAGUCCAAUGCACGGGUGCGGUUUAGUCUUGCGGGUAUCGGAAUGGCGGGAAUGACUGAGUUGCAUCGAGACUUCCACAGUACACCUGACCUGGCCACUGCUGUAAGCGGAGGCGUGGGAGGCACGAGGCAGCACCGCAGUCAAGAGGAGCUGAGGCCUCUACCACCACCCACUCAUCCUCCACCUCCCCCACCAGCCCCCACCACCCUCGUCAAGGUUGACGUCAAGGAUCCUGAGUAUGGCAAUGUCUCUUCCACGACUACAGCUGAUACCAAUGGUGGAGAUGGAGUGAUGUCUAGUUUCAAGCCGGCUGCUAGUGCCAAGCUGUAUGCAUCACCAGAGGAUGUAAAGAAUGUCGGCUAUCGAUCUCGCUCACUUCCUGCCCACUCAUCCAGACCACAAGUUCGUAAAUCACAAAGUUUACGUUCACCGUCGUCGUCUUUCAAGCCAGUAACACCAAGCAAUGGAGCACAGAGUGGUGGCAACCCUUACGCGCAGCCGAUACGUAACCGCAAGCAGCAGACGUUAUCAGCGCCUCCUAUACCGGACCCUGACUACAGCCUGAGUGAGAACGAGAGUGACACUGAGCCUGCGGGGGAGAAAACCGUGAUCCGUGUCAGUCAGACGGAAGGUAGCGGAGGUAGUAGCACCAGCUCUGGCAGCCUCCCCCACAGCUUCAGUGUCGACGAGAUACAGAAAGUGCGAACACAGCUGAAGAGCUCUAAAUCCUAUCCAAAUGACUUCCUGAUGCAGGGAGGAGAGGACGGGGACAAUUCGUCUAGUGGGGUGAGUUCAGACCAGGAGAUACCAGCCGCACCGGAAAUGAGUGCAGAGGCUCCUGUACCGUCUGGGAAUGCCACGUUACCCCGCACCUCUCAGCAGAGAACCACACUGACGAGGAAUGCCGUGUCACUGGCCCAGCUACCCCCACCUCUGGAGGCCGAUACAGACGAGAGGGAAGAGCUUGUGGUGCCCCCUCCACCUGAAUACGCAGGAGGUGGGGCGGGUGGACCGGUCGUAGAGGAGGUUCUCGCUCCACCCCCCCAAUUUUCCGAUGGCCGACUGGUAACGAGGGUUCGGAUCGUAGGAACAGUCCCCAAGUCCACACCUAGCCGUCUUCAUAGUCAAUAGUUUUAUUCUGGCCCCUCACUCAGUAUCCACAAUUUUAUUUCAUAACCAAAAUGUUUUGUGCUGUUAUAGUAUGAGUGCUCUUUUUUGUAACUACCAGUGUUCUGAGUUAUGUUUUUAUCAAUUUAACUUGUUUUUACUAAUGUAAAAUGGCAAUACAAGUUUGCUUGCUAAAGUAUUAAAGAAGCAGAACAAGUAGAGGUAUCUAUUAAUUAUCUUUUCCCAUAAGGUUUAAAUAUGUUUGACAUUGGAUUCCGUGUCACUUUUUGUUUGUAUCAUAUAUAAAAGUAUCACUUUCGACAUCCCUAUUCAUUUUGGUUAAUUUAAAAAUGCUUAUAUACAAUUUUUAUUUCUUUUUGUUAUUUAUACAUUUUAUCAGUUUAUUUGGUAUUAAAAUGAUAAUUUUCUUAAAAUCUUUUAAAGAUAACCAAUAUUUAGUUCAACAUUUAAAUGAUUAGAAUAUAAACACAAUUUAAUUUGUUUACAAGCAAAUAGGGUAUGGAAUAAACUAUCCGUAAAAUGAUGCUAGAUAGAUGAAGGUAGCUAUAUUAUAGCCUAAUUACAAGUAAAAAUGAUUUGAAGAAUUUUUAAGAAUGAUUUACUUUUAUUAAUUUUUCAACCAACUUUGGUGUAGUUAUUUUUCAACCUAUUUUAUGAGCCUAUUAAUUUCUACUGUUAUGAAAAUACAUUAGUUAAUAUUUUCAUUGUAUUUCUCAAACUGUGAAUGAUCAUCAGUAUUAAUUUAAAAUACUGCCUAAAGAUGAGUUUAGAUACAGAAGAAUGCCACAAAGUACAGUUUAGUUGAUUAUUUCAGUUCACACAGUUUGUGUUGCCAAGUAAAGGUACUAACUUCAGGUACUAUUUUUACUGCUUUUACAGGUUUAAAAUUUACUGAAAGGUACUAUUUUAUAGGAAACAAGGUGCAGAGAUCAGGUUUCAUUGUACUUGAGCUUUGUCUGUAGAAGGACACAACGGCUUGAUCUGGCCUAACUACCAUAGUGUUGCCUAAUUGCUAACGCAACUGUAUUUAUUGUUGAUUUAUAAAUAUUUUUUGCAAGAGCAAGAAGUUUUUGUUAGUUCUGUAUAUAGGUAAUGAGUGUAUGUAAACAGCAUGCUGUGUCCCAGGGCUAUGACUAGUGGCUAAGAGAUUCCGGGGCUCUGCCCCACUGGCCCUGUCGUGUCCUAUUGUAUAUUAUAUAAUAUGUGCCAAGUAGCCAUUAAUUUCUCUUGCCGAAAUGGAUGUUCCUUUGAAAUAAAUGAAUUAGGUUAUUUAAAAACUUAGUUAUUUAUACAUUCCAAGCUAUUAGUUUAUUGUGUACAUAUUGUUAAUAGUAUUGUAUUUCGUGCGAUAAUUAUUUGACUUGAUUUAAUGAAACAUAUUUUUACGUCCAUUCUGAAAAUAAGUUAGAUUAAGUACAUGGGCAGAACGUUGAAGGGAACUAUGUGCGAAAUUUGCUGUUUUAAAAUAAUUCACAAAAUUUCAGAGAUAUUCUAAUGAUGCAUUUUUUACUAUUACAGACAACCUUUUGUAUUUGUUACCACUUCUUGGGCCUUCAAAACAAUUUAGAUAAAAAUUUACAAAUAAAAUAUUUAAUUUUAAUUUUAACUUUAUUGUUAUAGGUACUAAAAGUAAAAGAUAUAUAAAUGCAGAGCUUAUAUUAAAUACAUCUAUUAAAUUGGUAGAUAAAUUCAUACAGAUACAAGUAUGAUUUAAUUAGUUAUUAAAUUAUACUUGUCUCUAUUUAUGAAAUAAAUAUUCAAUACCAUAGAUCCCUUUAAUGGAAUAUUUAAAAAUACAAUAAUAAUAUCCCAAUAAAUGUAAGAAUACUUGCUCAUAGACAGAAAGUAAUUUAGUGAAGAUGAUGUUGAACGAUUACUACUCACUCCUGCCAUUGCUACGAUGUAUAUAUGUAAUAGAUGUUUUUUUACUAUCCCGGUCAUGUAGGCACGUUGUUGGUUGUAAAAUAUUGUGCUUGUCCAAUCCAAUUAUCGGUAUUUUCUAUAUCAAAUUUUAUUUUGCAUUGGAAGUUCGGAACUUGUUGCGAAGUGUCAAUUGAAAGAGAACAUGCAUUGUGAGUGCUAAUUUUAUACUAUUGUAUUUAUAUACUGUUUUGAAGUAUUUUUGAUCGUUAAGAGGGUGCAGCAUAAAGUUUAUUGCCAAUACAUUUUUUAAUGGAAAUGAAGUAAAAAUUAUUGUUAAAACCCUGUAAAUAGGCUCCGACUUUUAAUCGAAAUUAAGUUGUACUUUAGUUUGAAAAAUUAUUAAUUUGAAAUGUUUUACUUUUUUUGCCUACACUUGUAUUGCCUGCAGUUGUAAGAAAAAGUUAUAUAAGUCGUAUGUGAUAUGUUAGUGUUUUUACAGUCUCUGUGGUUUUGUAUUGGACUGGUAUAGCCUCUGCUAGCUUGAUCGUGUCACUGAGCUAGUCUGAUGGCUGAUGUUCAUCUAAUUGACAUGUUGAAGGGUAAAAUCUAUUGAGACAAGCAAGUUAUAAAUUUAAACAUGUUUAAUUAAAUUAAACUACAGAAAAUAAAGACCAUCUCCAUUCUUGAUUAAUCGAUUGAUGUUUAUGUCAACAAGUAAGCAUGUAUUUAGACAAGUCUAACAAAUUUAAUUAAGAUCAGAAUGGAGAACUCUGUAAUUAAUUUUCGUACCAUUUUUAAUCUUCAAAACAUUUUGCAUAUUUGAUCCAAUCCAGCAGGAAACUCUCAAACAUUAAAACAUGUUCUUUCUAAUUUCAAAACUGUUUAAACAUUUAAAAUUUCAUUUUAGUAAAUAAACUUCAUUUACAUUUUCCAGUAAGAGAUGAAAUAUUUGUUUUUGUUAUGUUUAUUAACUUUGUGUUGAGAUAUUGUAAUCCCAAAUCCAGUGUAAACUCUAGGUACUUUACUGUCUCAUCAGAUUCAUAAGAAACUUUAUUUCUAAUAAAAAGUGUUAAAACCGUUUUUUUUUUUUUAAAUUCUGACAACACAAAAUUAUUGGUAGUAAAAAUGUUUUUGUAACUGCUAUUCAGAUAGUACAAAAUAAAACUUGUCUACAUUCAAAAAAUUAAGUAAUCUUCAUUCAAUUUUUAUUUGGUAAUGAUUUUAAAAUUAAACAGGGGUUAAACGUGUUGAAGAGUUGUUUCGGUUAUGGUCAUAUUUAAAUUACCAUUUAAUAAAGCAAGUAUUAAUCUAAAAGUCUGAUAUAAGUUAUUGUUAUCCUCAAGAUUGUUUCACAUUGUAUAUAAUAAGGAGCACAAACCAUUUGUAAGCUGUGAGCGCACUACCCUGUACAUAAGCUGCGUACCAGACAGUCAAUUUUUCGAAAUUCCCGUAGUUGUCAACGUCGGCUUGCAGAAGCUUCACAUUUCCAUUGUUAGAUAGACUUAUAUUUGAAAACUUUAAUCAAGUACGAGUGAUUCUGUUGUAAUAUUUAACAAUAUAACAAUCAUGUGUAAGA